CCGCUGUCUCUUUCCUCAAAAUUAAAAACCCUAACCCUGAUUUACCAACACCAUUUCUCUCUUCUUUUUCCGGAUCUUAUCUUGAAUAUUUCAGAUUUCAAUCUUACCCCUCAAAGUAAAAAAAAUAAAUUCAGAUCUUUGAGAAGUCCGAUAAAACCCCAAUCUGGUGAUACCGCCUUGGUUGGAUUCUUCUCCUUACAAAUCCUAUAAAUUCUAUGGCAUUUCUAGUCGAAUCUUUCGUUAUCGGCUUCUCCUCCCUCUAUUUUCUGCAUAUAAAUCCCGGCCCGUCAUUCAGAAUCCUGGACUUCAGUUAGUUUCGGUUAGGUUUCGAUGGAUUCUCCAGCUGAUGAAAUGCAUGAGAUAUGUCCAUCUCCAAAGAGGAUUCAGGCAGAAGUAAUCAACUCUGAAGGCCCUUAUCGUCUUCUCUACUGUUGUAGUAAGUGUGAUAAAGAAGGUGUGAUUCAGGAACUACAGAAAGGAGUAUCUCCAAACCUAGCAGCCAAUGAUAAGAGAACUCCACUUCAUUUAGCAUCUUGUGAAGGUUGCACGACAAUUGUUGAAUUGCUUCUUGAGAAAGGAGCAGAGGUGAACUCUACAGAUCGGUUUGGUCGUACUCCCUUGGCAGAUGCUCGCAGCUUUGGUCAUGGGGAGAUUUGCAAGAUAUUGGAGGCACGGGGUGGAACUGCUCCGGUGGAUCUUGGCACUCCAUGCUGUUUAAUUGAUCCAGAGGAGGUGAACAUGAACGAAGGAACUCUUAUUGGAGAGGGAUCUUUUGGUGAAGUUUAUUUAGUGAAAUGGCGGGGUACUGAAGUUGCUGCGAAAACCAUUCGUUCUUCUGUUGCAUCCAAUCUUCGGGUGAAGAGUAUUUUCAUGAAGGAACUUGCAAUGUGGCAAUGGCUACGUCACCCAAACAUUGUGCAGUAUCUUGGUGUUCUGAAGGAUACGGAACCCUUGACCUUCCUCACCGAAUAUCUUCGCAAUGGAAGUUUACAUGAUAUUCUAAGAAAGAAAGGAAGACUUGAUGCACCCAGUGCUGUAGCUUAUGCUUUGGAUAUUGCAAGAGGCAUGAACUAUCUUCACCAGCUUAAACCACAUCCCAUCAUACACAGGGAUUUAAAACCAAGAAAUAUCUUGCUAGAUGAAGCAGGGCACCUUAAGGUUGCCGAUUUUGGUUUAAGCAAGAUAGCACAAGAAAAAGAUAUGCAUGGUUCAUACAAAAUGACUGGAGGGAUAGGUUCAUAUCGCUACAUGGCACCUGAGGUUUACCGCCGAGAAUCCUACAGAAAGAGUGUCGAUGUCUUCUCAUUUGCUUUUAUUGUCCAAGAGAUGUUUGAAGGGAGGCCCUCAAAUAAGUCAGAAUCACCAGAAGCAGUAGCAGAUAAGCGAGCGUACGAAGAUUCCAGACCCUCUCUCUCAUCCAUUUACCCAGAAGAAAUCAAGACGCUACUUAAAGAAUGCUGGCACAAGGAUCCAGAGCGUCGACCGUCGUUCGAAGACAUUAUCGCGCGACUGGAGAUAAUCCAAGAGAAUCUAAAUGAGAAAGCAUCUGCAGUCGAAGUCUGUUGCAAGUGUGUCAUCUUAUAAACAUAUAUUGCAUGGGGUAUAAUAUUAUUUAGAGCUUUGCUAAGCACACACACACGUGUGCAAUAAAGCUCCUAUACAUGCCACUCAUGUUCCCACAUGACAUAUACGUGCGAGGUCCAAUCCAUCCUUCCAUUGGUCUGACCUUGUACGUGUUUUCCUUCUACACCCCCCCCCCCCAAAA